CUGUUUAUCUGAUAUUAUUAUUACCCUUAAUGCCAUUGUUUCACCAGUGUGUGACAGACCUUGCCUGCCGGGUUAUUUGCAUUGUCUCCCUCCGUGUGGUCGGGAACAACCCGCCUUUAUCGUCUCACUCUGCGAGAGGAAGCUGAUUUUUUUUCUUCUUCUUUUUUUUUCUCUUCCUCAUCACAGAUGCUCGGACUCCCAGGUUUUUGUUUGUUUCACCGGGUUUCCCUUCCGUCGAGUCGACAGGCAUGACGGAGAGCAACGUCGCCGCUCAGGUUAUAGGCAGCAGCGUCUCAUGUACAGUGCCGCAUCAACAAGCCUCGCCGCCCGACCACCGGGUCCCCCUGCCGGCGCCCCGGUGCCCGCCGGUCCCCCGACGCCUCGUGUGACAUGACAGCUCGGGGAAGGAAGAAGAGGAUCAGAGGUUACGGGCAGGGGUUUCACAAACAGGAGCGCAGGCGGGUCCGGUCCUUGAGGAGAGGGCACACAGUCACAGACGGUGUGCACUGUUUGAGUGGAGUGGGAUACAACCAUACCGUAUCAAAAAUUCAUGUGAUACUUUAUUAAUCCCUGCAGGGUGUUUCUCUUGUGGCUUGCAGCCUCCAGAGGGGUCAGAGCACGGGGUUAGCCUCAGAGCAGCGCCCCUGGAGCGGGUUGAUGUGCCCGUACAUCAGCAGGGCGGGCGCCUGCUGACACACACACACACACACACACACACACACACACACACACACACACACACACACACACACGGGUAGGGGGAUAGAGCUCGCUGGACCCAACUGUCCCUCACUGAAGCCUUAUUGUGAUUCUGAUCUGGGCCUACAGCGUGGUAGCACCCACCUUUGCCUUACAGUUUCAUCUGAUGCACGGCCUCACGGUGUGGGUACUGGUCGAGUCCCGAUCAGCAGUGCUGCUCCCCAGGCCUGUCAGGCUCUCUUGGCUGCUCCUGACCAUCACCUUUACCUGCACAGCCAUGGGUUGCAUCCAGAGCAUAGCCUGUAACAAGUCACGCAUCAAACGAGAGAACAUCGUGGUGUACGACCUGUCCGCUACCAUAGACCACUGCCCGACUGUCAUUGAGGAGAACUCGCCCAUAGUGCUGAGGUACAAGACGCCCUACUUCAAAGCCUCGGCGCGGAUUGUGAUGCCCCCUAUUCCGCGCAACGAGACAUGGGUGGUGGGCUGGAUCCAGGCGUGCACCCAGAUGGAAUUUUACAACACCUAUGGAGACGUCGGCAUGUCAAGCUGGGAGCUGCCUCAGCUACGAGAAGGUCUGGUGAGGGCCAUUAGCGACUCAGACGGUGUGAGCUACCCCUGGUAUGGAAACACAACAGAGACUGUCACCAUAGUGGGCCCCACCUCCAAGCCAUCCCGCUUCAUUGUUAGCAUGAAUGACAAUUUUUACCCCAGCGUCACCUGGGCUGUGCCGGUCAGUGAAUCCAACACCCCCUUACUCACUAACAUUAAAAGGGACCAGAGCUUCACCACCUGGCUGGUGGCGCUCAACACCAUGUCCAGGGAAAAGAUCCUGCUCCACACCAUCAAGUGGAGGAUGAGGGUCGACAUCGUGGUGGAUCCGUCCCUGCCUCUGGGCUCCAGGGCCCGACUGGUGGGCCGGGUGCACCAGGACCAGCCGCGGGUGCUGACCCGCAUGGAGCCCAUUCCUCCUAAUGCCAUGGGGAGGCCCAAUGCCAACGACGCCCAGGUUCUGAUGUGGAGGCCCAGGAGAGGGCCUCCGCUCGUCGUCAUACCUCCCAAAUAGUGCGUUGAGAGUAUCUGAUUGGCCGUUUGUUACAUCAUAUCAGAGCGGGCCACUUCUGCAGUGAGACGGCUAAAAAGAUUAUCACAUGAAAACAAAAUUAAGAGGCAGGCUGAGACUUGACUGUCAAUGGCACAAAUCAGAAUUGCAGUCUUUUUGCGUGUAAAAUCUCGAGGGGACAACUGCCUUAAUUCCCCACCGCUGCCUUUGACGAUCCAGAAAGUAUGUUGGUUUCUACUUCUGGUGCUGUUGAGCUGUUGGGUGUCCAGGCCUUCACGCCAGCCCAGCACAACUGAGCAACGCUAACUCUGAAAAUCCGCCAUUAGUGCUGGGAUUUAACGCAAACCUGUACUGUAGCUACUCAGGCCCAGAAAGAAAUGAUCAAGCCUAAAUACAGACCCUGUUUAAAAAGGUUCUUCAGCCUUAAUGAUGACAUAAUACUGGCCUGCUCUGUACUGUACAGUAAAGUGCUGUGUAAGAGUGUAACCGAGGAAAGGUGUUAGUGUUUAUGUGUCAUGCAGGUCCAAGGGAGGACACACUGCUGCGGGGUUUAUUCAUUACGGACAGAGAUAACUAUGAUAUCAGCUGAAAUGUUACUGGAUGAUGUGCUUUUAGAGAUGAAGUGAGUGUGGGUGUGCAGGCAUGUGUGUAUGUGUCUGUGGUUGUGUGUUUUCUAUAAUGGAGCCCCAGGGUUGGGUCCGGGUUUGCUGCUUUGUCACACCAGACUGCCUCUCUCUCUCUCUCUCUCUCUCUCUCUCUCUCUCUCUCUCUCACACACACACACACACACACACACACACACACACACACACACACACACACACACACACACACACACACACACACACACCAGGGUCCUCAUUUGUCAUGUGAUUUUGUUACAGAGAGGGUAAUUUUUCAAUAUGAUCUAAAAACAGGAAGAUUGUCAACAUACAUGCAUCCUCAGAGGUACUUUGAGUUUUACAUAUCACAUAUCACAGCUUGGAUUUGGUGAUAUCAGAAUCGUAAAUGAAGCCCUGCAGCAGGAUUUUUUUCUUUUUUUCAAACACAAAUGGCCAGUUCAUCCAAGCUGCAGAGCUUCUCGCUCCCUGCCUUUUCAAAGCCAGUGAUGCCUGUGUUGAUCAUAGCCUUCUACAGUAAAAAUAUGAUUCUGUCUUUCCCAUGUCCCAUCUAAUCAGUGAGGUGACGAAACAAGGUUACUAUAUUUUAUAAGUCAUAAAAUGAGUUUAGUUUGUCCUCUACAAAAGGAGCUACAAUGCGUCUUUAUCCAGUCAGUUGUAUGUUGUUUAAAAACAAAGAUUGUAGUGGAAGAGAACUGUAUUUAUCUUAGAAGGCUUAAAGAACAGGUUCACCUGAAUUACAAAAAACAUUGCACUUACCUCGAGCAGUAUCAAGACAUGCAGAUUUGGGUGUUGUUUUGAAAUAUCUGUCAGUGAGAGUGGUAAUGUUUACCAUAUUCAUCAUCUUAGUUUAGUAUGUUAGCAUGCAAAUAAGAAUUUUAGAUUUGGACUUCACAGUGACGCUAGAGGAAAAAUUAGUCACUCACCAUAGUGAUUACAAUGAAUCCUGUGGAUAUAUGCACCAAAUUUCAUGACUGCUCACUCAGCAGCCGUCAAGAUAUUUGACUGAAAAACAAAAAAGGAAAAGACGAGGAAUUACCAAAGUAAUUAGGAAUAUAUUGUCUAGGAACCAUGAAUAUCGAUAAAGAUUUAUUUCGCAAUCCAUCCAACUGUAUAUUUCAGUUGAGACCUGGAACAGACCCCUAUUUGUUUGUUACAAGUAAAAUUCCCUUCACCUCCUCUAUUGGUGGAGGCAUCAAUCUGAAAACCUGCAGAAAUAAAACUGAAACUAUCUACAUGUCCAGAUACUGACAGAAGUAAGAAAACGUGUUGUUUGGGUGAACUGACUCUUUAAAGAUUGGUGCAGUAUUUGGUUUUUACAUACAGUCUCUUGUGCCAUGAUAAUAUUUUAUAAAAUGUGUUUUUAUCAAGAUUCAUAACUAAAAAAAAAGGACAACCAGAGCGCAGCCUACAGAAUAUGAACAUUUCCCUAUCACGUUGAAUCUGAUAAUGUUGCUUAUUGUUUUUCCAGGCAGGUCUAUAUGCUGUAUUUCUGUCUGUGCGCACUCAGCAGGCCAGUGAAACAGGUCAUGCUGAAGUGCUGAGCUGGUCCAGAUGAGACAGAGAUGAAGAGAGACGGAGCAUGUAACCACGUUAUCUUACCCAUGCUGCUCAUUACUCCUGGUGCAAACCGAACGAGCCUUCACACACACACUUACACACCUCAUCUAGAACGACACUAAAGCCGUGAUCACCGGAAGGAGCCAGUGUAUUGCAUGCCCUGCAACACACUCAUCAUACAGAGGGCACGGAUACUGGCUAUCUUAACAACAUGCCUAUUGUAGCCAUGACACAGGAGCAGUUUGUGAUGCAAACGGCAUCCGAGAGCCCACGCUGACAAUCAAGGGAAACAUCUAGAGCAGCACUUUUAACUGGAAAAUUGAACUAGGUGAUCUUUAUUGGUCUGCAAUUUUAUUCAGAGCAUUGAGGCUUUUAUAGGGUGAAACAAAGCGUAAACUUUUUUCACAGUGCCCCGAUUAAAAUAAAGUGUUAGCUGGAAAAAAUAUAUACUUUAUACUUGACCAGGAGGUCACAGUCUUCUGUCUGUGUGUAUCAGGGCCUCAAGUGUCUUUUACAGUAACAGAUGUGCCUGAGGACUCGAGGGUAGAGCGGUACAUGGCCCUUCAUGAGGAGCUUGACUCGUUAAUUCCUACUUGUUCUGCUGAUUGACUGGAGUCUGAUGCAGUUACUGGUUUAAAACGACUGGGUAAUAAUGUUUUACAGUGUUAUAAUAUGAAGGACAUGAACGUUUGGGGUGUUACAGUCCUUUCUCUCAGACUGUCUGGCUUUUGCAUGCAGUGUUUUUAAACUCAUUAAAACAAAUGCCAAAAAUAUCAAA